GUCCAAAGAAAGAGACAUUGCGUAUGCGUGGAAAUAUGGGGGACCCGGAACUGGACUAUACGAUUGAGUUUCCAGAGCCGUCUCUGCAAGGCUGCCCAUGGGACCCAGAGCGAGAGCCAGUGGUUAUUUUGCUUGGAUGGGGAGGAUGUAAAGAUCAGUAUCUAGCUAAAUACAGCGCCAUCUAUCAUAACCAGGGUUGCACUGUUAUAAAAUAUACUGCAGCCUGGAAUGCAGUUUUCAUCUCAGAGUCUUUAGGCUUCAGCUCACUACGUGAAGAUGCAAAAAAGCUUCUGGAGUUGCUCUUUGACUAUGAAAUUGAAAAAAGUCCCAUUUUAUUCCAUGUUUUUAGUAAUGGUGGCUUCAUGUUAUACCGCUAUAUUGUGGAGCUGCUGCACUCUCACUGUCGCCUGAACAAACUGCAUGUAGUGGGAACCAUCUUUGAUAGUGCUCCUGGAAACCGCAACGUCAUAGGCUCAGUACGUGCUUUGGAUACUAUCCUUAGAACUUCCACUAAUAAUGCUAUCCGCUUUUUAGCUUUAGCAGCUUUUGCAAUCAUGGUGAUCAUACUAAGGAUUGUGCUAUACCCAGUGACAAAGUUCCUGCAUGAGAAUCACUAUGAUGCUAUGAAGAAGGACUCCUCGCGCUGGCCUCAGCUUUAUUUGUAUUCCCGGGCUGACCCUAUUAUCUCAUAUAUUGAUGUAGAGUCUAUGAUUGCGGCUCGAAGAAGAUGUUGCCUUCCCACUGAGGCUUUGGACUUUGGGAAGUCAGAACAUGUUAGUCAUUUCCGUAGGUUUCCACAUAGGUAUUCGGAAAUGUGCACGUCUUUCUUAAGGGACUGUGUGAGAAAAGCAGCCGUAUCCAUGCUGACGAGUGAGCACCCUGUUUCCUUUUAAAUGUCAGAACAAAUAGAGCAUUUGACCAGUGUGGAUUGUGACAAAUAAAUAGUGGCUUGUUUCUUUA